CAGCGUGUGGUCAGGUGGCUCCCCGCCUCCUUCGCUGGCUGACGUGGAAGCUCCCGGGAACCCGCCCUAUAUCAAGCGCGGGCGGCCGAGUGCGGCUGAGCGAAAAUUAAAAAAAAGAAAGAAAGAAAAAAGAGUGAGUGAGUGUGUGCGUGUUUGUAGGAAGAAAAGAAGCAAGCAGGCGCCUGAAGGGGCGGAGGUAGGACGGGGCGGGCGGCGAACUGGUUGCGCUGCGGAGGACGGUCCCUCAGCGCUUCUUUCUCACUCUCUCUCCCCCCCCCCGCGCGACUUUCUUUCUCCGCACAACCCGAAGGCGGGACCGCCAGGAAGGAGCCCUGAAGGAGAUGGCUGCAGAAAUGGACCCCGGCAGCCAACAAGGUCUUCUAAAACAUGAAGCUAUUCCUGAAGUUGGAGAAGAUGCUGCUGCAUCAGUUAAUGUUACAGAAGGAUUAUCUGAAGAAGAACAGGAUGAACUUAGAAGAGAGCUUGCAAAGGUAGAAGAAGAAAUUCAAACUCUGUCACAAGUGCUAGCAGCUAAAGAGAAGCAUCUAGCAGAAAUAAAGAGGAAACUAGGAAUCAGUUCAUUGCAGGAGCUGAAGCAGAACCUUUCUAAAGGAUGGCAAGAUGUAACAUCAACAAAUGCAUAUAAGAAGACAUCGGAAACAUUGUCUCAGGCUGGGCAGAAGGCUUCUGCUGCUUUCUCAACGGUUGGUUCUGCAAUCACAAAGAAACUGGAAGAUGUGAAUAUACGUUGUCUACAGCAUUCAAUUAGCAUGCCUGCCAUGAGAAAUUCACCAACAUUCAAGUCGUUUGAAGAGAAAGUGGAAAACCUCAAGUAUAAGGUUGGAGGAAGCAAGCCCGCGGGAGGUGACUUUGGAGAAGUCUUAAAUUCUGCUGCCAAUGCCAGUGCCACAGAAGCUACUACAAAGCAGACAGAAGAGGAGGCUCAAUGAUUGUCCUGCCUUCCUUCUGCAAGCCACUGCCAGAUGCUGCAAGCAAAUGUUGAAGCACAACACCUCUGCUGUUGACUUCCAAGAUGUCUUUCUGUUUAGCACUUAGCUUUAUGAGCUGUUUAAUAGAAAUAAUUUCUGUAGGUUCAGAAGCUGAAAUUACCUGUGUUAUCUGUGGGAUCAGGAUUUUUAUGCAUUUUGAAUAUUUAUGAACUUUGUUUCUGUUCUAAUCACUAAUAUAUUGCAUUACAAAAGUUUCUGUGGGAGGUUCAACAGUGUAUGUGUUGGAUACUAUGCUGAAUAAUAUUUGCUUCAUGUUAAGUUGGUACCCACUUAUUUCACUGCCAAAAACCUAAAAACCUUAGUGAUUAAGUGAAUUCCCACUACUGAUUUUUUUUUUUAAAAAAAGAAUUGUCAUUGGCAAAAUACACUGUUAAACUUGACUGCAUAUGUGUUGCACUCUGCAUUCACUAAAAUAGUACAGGUUCCCUUAAUGUUCACUGUUGCUUAAUUCAUUUUCCCUAAAAGGGUUUUGUGAUUUUCUUUAAGAUAUUGCAAGUUGUCUUAAUUCAGUUUUUUCUCUUGGCUUUGGUUAUGCCAGGGGUAAGCUGGGCUCAUAAAAUAAUGAAGUGGACUGUUAAUGCAAAAUAUGUUGACUGAAAAUAUGAAUGCUUUAGAAAUACCAUGUUUAAAAAAUGCAUUUAACACACUUGCAACUUAGAAAGGAAUAACCAGAGAAUAUGCCAUUUCCUCAGCACAGCCUUUUAAAUGAUCUGCUGACUUGUACACACUGUUCCCUCUUGGCAGGUGAUACAUAUUAAAAUGCUGAAAAGAAAAAGCCCUGCAGGAGAGGAAGAGCCUUUUAAGAUGGUAGUCCCACACUGAAACCUGAAAAUAUACUGAAAUAUACUCAUAGGUCAACUUCCAUUUCAAAAUAUUCUUGAACUGAAACCUGUUAGUGAUCCUGUAAAAAGACUUGAUUUUCUAGAAGCUGAAUGCAUCCCCUUUAUAUCUUGCGUGCUGGCACUAGAUAACUUUCUGGCACACUCUUAAGAUUGAAUUCAGAUGUUUAUGCCACUUUUAAUCACAAAGCUUGGAAUGAAGUAGAACACAUUCUUAAAAGGUGCAUUGUAAUUUCAGCUUUAAUUUUCUAGUUCCACCAAAAUUGCCAUGAAUCAUGUCUGUAAAAGGAACACAUACUGUAUUGGACAGCUGUCUGUAGCAUUUCAAAUUUAGGCCAAAUACCUGAAAAAAUAAAAGCAUUCUAUUCUCAAAUGUAAAAGAUUAACAAGAAUUAUGUGUUUAUACAAUAUCAUAAAAAAGGUCUGUGUUUCAUUCAGACUGGAGUUGUGCACAUUUACUGGGGGAUCAACAGCAUGACUGUGAAGCUUUGGCAUUAAUAGCGGAAGUUCAUUGGGAUCAUGAUACCAUUUGAAUUUCAGCAAAUGAAUGUAUUUUAGCAAUGGAAGUAGUCUUGCUUGCUGUAUUGACACAAUAACUGUCCAUAUACCCAUUGAAACACA